CAUCCCCCUUGCGCUGCCGAUUCACUCGCCGCCCUGGAAGAUAUCCCCCCCCUUGUCGAGUACUGGCUUUUAUUCGAACGCAUUCCGAGCAUCCUCCACUCCCCUCGUUUGUGCGUCGGUCAGACUAUUCGCAUACGUCUCCGCCAUGACUCGUGUAUGAGCACCAGCGCUCUCUCUGCACCCGAAUAUGGCACAGUCCGUCGACGACGGCGCUCAGUCCGGCGCCGAACCUGCCGUGACCGAGCAUGGGCCUGUCGGUGCGCAAGCUGCUACAGAGAAUGGCCCGGCCUCCAAUCCCUCUGCGCCUCGCCUGAACCCGCGGAGUUGCGUCACAUGUCGUCGCAGAAAAGUUCGUUGCAAUAAAGAAAACCCAUGCGCCAACUGCGUAAGAGCGGGGAUUGAAUGUGUAUUUCCGGGUCCUGGCAGAGCACCGAGAAAACCGAGGAAGCCACCUGAUGCAGAGUUGUUGGCGAGACUGCGCAGGUUGGAAGGCGUUGUCCACAGCCUCGGCGCCCAAGUGGAUGAGAAUGGAAUCGUGUCGCCCACUCUCACAGGAUCAACGGACAUACGGGCGCGCUUCGGUGAAGCACAGUCAAGCGAUUCACCGGUCUCUGAUCGCACAGACCCGAAAAGACAAUCUAUUGACAAACAUCUUGGGCGCCUGGUGAUUAAUGAAGAUCGCAGUCGCUAUGUGAACAACGCGUUCUGGACAGGCAUGAGCGAUGAGAUUGCCGAGAUGCGGGACUUGCUCGAUCCGUCAAGCACUGAUGAUGAAGAUGAAGUUCACUCGCCUGAGACCGACCGCCAAUCCAACCACCAAGCCUUCCUCUUUGGUUACUCCUCCGUCAUGCAAGACCUGAGGGAGCUACAUCCCAGUCCCAGUCAGAUUUUCAUUCUUUGGGAAGUGUUUAAGGAGAAUGUCGAUCCUGUGGUUCGCAUCCUGCAUCGGCCUACAGCCAAAACGAUUCUCAUGAAUGCUGCGAGCAGUAUCGAUCGCGUCUCGAAACCAGCAGAAGCCUUGUUAUUUUCCAUCUACUUUGGGGCGGUCGUCAGCCUGACUCCGGAGCAAUGCCAGCAACUGUUGGACGAGGACAAGCAGUCUCUCCUGAAGAAAUACCGAUUUGCCACAGAACAAGCCCUGGCCCGUGCAGAUUUUCUGAACAGCUCGAGUCUCAUGUGCUUGCAGGCACUGUCGUUUUUCCUUAUAUUUGUGCGGCAUUGUGAUGAUUCGAGAUUGGUGUGGGCAUUGGGAGGGCUAGCUAUCCAUCUGGCACAAUCGCUGGGCAUCCAUCGCGAUGGAACUCAUUUCGGACUGAAUCCAUUUGACACAGAAAUGCGACGCCGACUGUGGUGGCAAAUUUCUCUGCUCGACAAUCGGGCAGCCGAAGAUCAUGGUGUCGACCCUAGUUUUACCGAAGAAUUCUAUGAUACCAAGGUCCCCGCGAACUUGAACGACGACGACAUCUAUCCCGGAAUGAAGGAGUGGCCCAAAGAAAGAGUCGGAGCGACCGAAAUGACAUUCUGCUUGAUUCGCUACGAAAUCGGCGUCUUUUCGCGGCGAUUCAACUUCACCGCUCCCGGAUAUGGCCCAUCGCAAGUUCCCGAGUUGUCCUUGGAAGAAAAGGAGAAACUGAUCGACGAGUGUCACCGGAAGCUCGAAGAGAAAUACUUGCGACACUGCGACAUGAAUAUGCCUAUAUAUUGGGUGGCCGCGACCGUCGCUCGUCUCAUCCUGGCCAAGAUGUGGUUGAUGGUGCACCAUCCACGAGCAUACUCCAACAGCGGGGGAACACCUAUGCCGCCAGAGAUCCGUGAUCGUGUCUUCAUCACCUCGGUGGAAGUGAUAGAGUUCUCUCAUCUCCUAGAAAAGAACGAAAACACGGCGAAAUGGGGUUGGCUGUUCAGGACCUACAUGCAAUGGCAAUCGGUGGCCUUUGCAUUGUCAGAGAUAUGCGCCAGACCACCUGGACCUGAUGUGGACCGAGCAUGGCGAGCGGUUGAAUCGGUUUACGGGGAACGAAUGAUGAAUUCCAAGUAUCAGAAAGGAAUGCUGUGGAAGCCCUUACGACACCUCAUGGCCAAAGCCAAGGCCCGAAGAGCAGCACAGCAAGCCGAGUCAAAUCAGGCGCAGCAGAAGCCAGAAAUCAUGUUCGCUGAUAUGGCCAACCCAACGCCGAUGGAACGAUUUAUGCAAGACUACCCACCCACCACCAGCACCAACGCUAUGGAGGCAUUCGGCAUAGCGAGCGAGCAGCCCUACCAUGCAGGAAUGGCCCUGGAUCCGCGAAUGCAAGAAUCUUUCCAAGCAGCAAGUGGCAGUGUGACGGCGGAGAGUGGCAAUACCAUCACGCAGGACAGUUCCAGCAGUGCGGGAGUGAACUGGACGCCGGAGCACAUGCCGAUAGGGAGCAACGACAUCUUGGAUUUCGGAUGGUCGCCAUCUGUGGGCGACUUUACGGUGCGAGGGGAGCCUUUUCAGCGAUUUUUUGUGACUCUGCAAGAAAAUUGGUUCUGAUGGGUCAUAUGAAUGUAUGUAUGUACCAUUAUUAUACGCCAGGAUAUCAAGAGACAUUGCCUCUGUUUCGCCCAUUCGCGACCGCCGCUCCAACGAGUAUCUGUUCAAGUGCAAGAGCCAUCUGCAGGUAAGACGGAUGGGCUGGACAUCGGUUCGACACUAGAUGCCAAAUGGGGCAUGGGAUGGCUUAUUGACGAGAUCUAUUUCGGGGACGAGGGGCUUGGAGGGAAUUCUAGAUGCUGGUGUUGGUUGUGGCUUGUAAGAAAGUAAGCGCCGGUUGACCAACUCCUCUUGCACGAUUGGUUCAAGCCCGAACGAUUUCUCUG